AUGCCGAGUAUAACUCUCCGACACCGGCCCAGUAUUACAUUUCAAAGCUCAAGCCAGCUGACUUCUACUGCAAUGCUGCGAGCAAGCGAAGAGAAACCCAUGUCCCAAUGCCAAGAGCAGAUCACGUGGAUCUCAACGGUGAAAGAGCGGCAAAAUGAAGUAGAAGUCUGCGUAGAAAGCGUUUUGCUUGUUGCCAUUACUCGUCAAAAUCCUCCUGUUCAUUCAGCUGAGCAAUCCGUCGCAUUCUUUGCGUUCAUCAAGCAUCGAGAUGGAAUCAAUCCACGAAAAACACACAGUAGAUCCAGAGGCUGCCUGUGCAGUGCAAUGUCCGGACAGCAAUGA